GAGGUUAUUAAAUGGCAGGCUUCAUCACAAGCAUGAAGUCAGUGAGUGUGUGUAUAUGAUAAAAGAAUAUCGUACAUGUAUAAGAUAGUUUUACUUCGCGACGGUCCAUGAAUGCAUCACGAGGGCAGGCAAAGACGUCGGGUACUGAUGACGCACUAAACCGUCGACGGUCGUUUUUAAAUCGUGUGUCUUGUUUACAUCAUGGAUGUGUCCGUUGGUUUGGUCGUUUUUAGUACUUUUUAAUUCGUUUUAACGGUUGCCGGUUGAAGCAGGUGGGAUGGACUUCUGUAAGAAGCACGUGAAGUCGGACUGCGUGGAGCUGCUGAGCCGCUUCCAGGGAUCCGAGUCCGUCCGCUUCCAGGUUUUCUCCAAAAUAUGGAGAGAAAUGGAGUUCUCACAGAUUUUCUACGGCACUGUGAACCACCAAGAGCAGCGAGCGUUCUGCCGUCUGAUCCUGGACACCGCCUACAUCUUCUUCUUGCCUCCGUACAGCUUCCAGAUCAGAGUGGGAGGACUGUACCUGCUGCACAGCUUGUAUCAAUGUCAGAUCACCUCGCCCCGAGAGCAGAUCCGUCUGGCGCUGAAGGACUGGGAGGACGUGAUGAAGCUUGAGAAGGACGCCGUCAAUGCUCAGCACCACGACGCCGUUUACAUCCUCCGACAGCUGAUGUUGCACAAAGCUUUCAGCUUCACUGCCAUGCCCACGAUGCUUGCCUUCAAGAAGAAGAGGAAGGUGGAGAGCUUGGCGCUGUGUGAGGAGUUCAUGGAGCGACCGUCUCGUCCACAGGAGCUCAUCAACAUCGAGCUGCUGGAGGAAUUGUCCAACAUCGAUGAGCUCUACGGGAAGCUGAAGACUUCUGUCUCUUCGGAGUCGGAGCCGGCGGAUUCUUCCAUCAACCUGAUCCGUAAAGACCUGGCCCCACAGCUACGCAGCACUGUGGUGGAUUUCUACAAGUGGCAGCAAAGGAAGAGUGGUCCUCAUGAAGAUGAAGAUGAAGACAGCGGUGAGGGGACGUCAUCUCAGCAGGAGUGCUCCAAAAGAGCCCAGCGCCUCGCCUCCAUCAAGUCAAAGGCAUACGGAGAGGCAACAGAGGCCUCCAAGUCACGGCGCCAUCGUCAGGUGGAGGUGGAUUUCACGAGUAACGUGGCCGGACCCUCCCACUCGUCACGUUACUCCAGAACAAAUAAACCGUCACUCAAAGCCAGAACCUAUGAGAACGUUCACAUCUCAGGUGACUUGUGGAAAGAAGCCGGGGAGAUGACUCAGAUCAGGUGUCUCACCACAGUGGACUUUGCUCCUAAAGUCCAUUCAGGAAAACAAAACCCGGUAAAAAGAUUCAAGUGGUGAUGAAGACCCUUCAGAAGUCAACCUGCAUCUUGAUACAGCGAUUGUUUCAUGUUUUAAAGUGUUGAAAUAGAUGAUUGUUAGUGUCAUGAAUUUCCUUUAAUCUUAAAUGUUCUGUAUCAUAGAAAAUGUGAAUGUUGUUUUUUACAUUUUAAGGUGUUUUACAUUGUUUUUUUAAUGAGCAGUCUUUAUAGUGACUGUAACUUAAGAAAGAAUAUUGUUCUAACUUAUGUUCUUAUUGAAUGCAGCGUUUUGUAAAAUGUAAACACCAAUACGUUUUCUUUUUGCAAUUUUACAGCCAUCACUUGUUGAAAAUGUACCCUGAACUUGUCUCUUAGUCGGAUACCUUUAACCUAUUACAGUAAAGAAAGCUGUCGGUUGUGUCUACUAACUUAAGCACAAAGUUCAGUAGUGUAUAUAACUAUAACAUUUUCCAAAGUUCAUCUCUCUGUGCAGCUUCUUCUGUGAAAAAAAAGUUCAAACUGGAUUUAUGUUCUGCAGCUUUCAUGAAGUUUAAAUAAUUUUAUGUAAAAGCUAUUGUUCCUUGUGUGACAUUUGAUUCAGACCAAAUCAUGUGUGUGUAUUUCAUAUUGAAAAGCUAAAAGUGUGUGGAUGUCCCUGAUUUUGCUAUUUAGUUCUUCUCCUUGGAAAGCAUUUGGUAAGUGUGAUACAACUGUUGAUUUUACAACACAACUUUAUAUUGUGACAGAAAAACAGACAUAGACCUUAGAUAAGACCUAAAAACAGCGUCCAGCAUUUUUAAUAAUUACCUUGAAAUCAAUUGUUAAUUAUCAUGUAUUAAUUUGUUAUUUCAUGCAUUUAAAUAUGUAAUUUAAAAGUACCUUAACUAUGAUAAAUCGUGAUUUCCACUAGAGUCAAAAGCUCUCAUAAACUAAGCGGCCUAGCUAGUUUACUAGCUAAACUUAAGCCUAGUUUAGCCUAGCUGAUUUGUUAAUCUCUUUUUAUUCCCUAUGACUGUAUUUAGCAAACAUUACUACUUAUUUAGGAAAGAUGACAAAGCGUUAGUUAAUUAAAAUGUACAUCUCUUAUUGAUUUUUUUGACAUUUGUUGUUUAAUGUAAGUAAAUGUAGCUGAAUUAGCUAAAGCUAGCUGUGGAAACCAGCUAGUUUGCAGCAUUUAGCUUUUGUUUUUAGCAGUUUUCUUUUUCACUAUACAUUUGUAUUUGAUGUUUUUCAAAUGAGUCAGCUUUUGUCUUUUACUCAUUUGUAAAUAGAUAUAUAACGUUAUUUAGUGUUUUUAUUUUUUUGUCAUUGCAGGGCAGCACUGAUGGAUGCACAGUUCAAAGACCAUGGGCUAAAUGUGUGAAAGGCAAAUAUUCUCCUGUUCUUUCCGAAAUUGGAUGAAUUUAAGCAAAUUAUUUCGUGACUUUAGAACACAAAUCUACAUGUAACA